CGGAUUGUCUCUUGUUCUGAAUCCAUGGCCAUGCAGUGGAGUGUUGUUUGUCUCGUAGCAGUGGCCAUGCUUGGCUGUCUGUGUGACGCUCCUCAGAGGCCUGUCCAACCCCUUCCUCAGAGACCUGCUCAACCCUUUCUUCAGAAGCCUGCCCAACCCAUACCUCAACGGAUACCCUACACCAAAGACGACACAAAACAGACCUGUGAGGUUGUGGACAAGGACAAGGUGUCGUGUGGACUUUCUGGCAUCACUGCUGCCCAAUGCCAGGCCAUCAGCUGCUGUUUUGAUGGACGGAUGUGCUUCUACGGGAAAACAGUGACUGUCCAGUGUACCAAGGAUGGCCAGUUUGUGGUGGUGGUUUCCAGGGAUGCCACUCUGCCCAACCUUGAGCUAGAUUCCAUCAGCCUGCUAGGGGCAAACGGAGCCCACUGCACCCCUGUCGGCACCACAUCUGCCUUUGCCAUCUACCAGUUCAAAGUUACUGAAUGUGGAACUGUGGUGACGGAGGAACCUGAUACUAUUGUCUAUGAGAACAGGAUGUCCUCUUCAUAUGUAGUGGGGAUUGGACCCUUCGGCGACAUUACCAGGGACAGCCACUAUGACCUGGUCUUCCAGUGUCGGUAUACUGGGACUUCCGUUGAGACAUUGGUUAUCGAGGUGAAAACGUAUCCAAACCCCAACCCAGUGGUCACUGUUGAUGCAGUUCUCAACGUGGAGCUCCGACUGGCCAAUGGACGUUGUCUCUCCAAGGGAUGUGAUGAAAUGCAAGAAGCAUACACCUCUUACUACACGGUGGCAGACUACCCUGUCACCAAGGUCCUCAGGGAUCCCGUGUACGCUGAGGUUCGCAUCCUGGGGAUGACAGAUCCCAAUGUUGUCCUGACACUGGAGCAGUGCUGGGCCACCACAGACCCCACAGGUGAUAGGCUGCCCCGGUGGGACCUACUAGUUAAUGGGUGUCCCUACCAGGAUGACCGUUACCUGACCGUGCCCAUCGCCUCGGACAGCUCCUAUAUCCCUCCGGGAGAAUUCUUAUCCCACUACAAGCGCUUCGUCUUCAAGAUGUUCACCUUUGUGGAUCCGACAUCUAUGGUCCCCCUGCAGGAGAACGUGUACAUCCACUGUCGUGCAACAGUGUGCCACGCUCUAGCAGGAUCCUGUGAACAAAGGUGCAACAGGCAAAGGAGAGAUCUUUCUGCUCAAGGCCAAAAGAAGACUAAAGGAGAUGUUGUGGUUUCCAGUCAAAAAGUCAUCAUGAUUGACCCAAGUCUUUAUGCUUAAAUCAAAUGUGUUAUAUGCUCCUCAUUUAUAUGGUCUGACUUGACAAUAAAAGAUGAGACAUC